CCCAACGGAUUUCUAGUGCGUCGAGAAAAGCAUUCUGGGAUACAGCAUGUAAACAUAAGCCUCAAAACAGUAAGAUGAGAUACCAUGGAAUUUUUGGGGUAGUGCAUUUUGAAUAGGCAUAUGUUUUAUGAAUUUGACUUUUAAUACAAGCGAGGGACACUCGACUUUAUCGGAAUGUGACUGUAAUGUUUUGAAGACGCGGCAGCAAGGGUCAGAAUGCUAGCAGCUAGUUAGCUUGCUGUGGAACUGAGAGCUGGAUCUCAUUUUUGCGGUCAUAGUUCUUCAACAUUUCAACGGAUUCAUCUAUUCUCCUGUCCUACUGGCAACCCAAAAUCCUCCACCUACUGUGAAGGAUGGGUGUGAAAACCUUCACUCACAACUCGCCUAGCCACAGUCAGGAGCUUUUGGAUAAGCUCAACAACCUGCGUAGUGAGGGCCACUUCUGUGACAUCACAAUUCGUGUACAAGGUCAGCUGUUUUCUGCCCACAAAGUAGUGCUAGCCUGCUGUAGCGACUUCCUUCGAGCAAAGCUGUCUGGGAAGCCAGCUGAAGAAGAGACUGUAAUUGUCGGAGACGAUAACAAACACGUGCUGGAUCUUCAACAUGUGACAGUUGCCGGUUUUGCUCCUCUUCUGGAAUAUGCGUACACUUCCACCCUGUCUAUUAGUACAGAGAAUAUCAUCGAUGUACUAGCUGCAGCUAGCUAUAUGCAGAUGUUUGCAGUGGCCAACACUUGCUCCGAGUUCAUGAAGUCGAGUAUCCUGUGGAACUCGGCAUCCUCAGGAGCAGGAGGUACUGGUAGUACUCAGCCCCCAGGUUUACAAAGGCCCCAAGAGACCCCUGAAGGCCAUGCAAGCUGCACCCUUGCCCCUGUAGAUGCCCUCUCACCAUCCCCAGUCUCAUCAGAGUGCAGUGUUCGGGAGAGGCCCAUCCCGGUGUGCCGUGAGACUAGGCGUAAGCGCAAAGGCUUUGCUAGCCCGCAGCCAGCAACCUCUACCUCUCCACAAGUCCCCAACCCCUCUCCUUCCUCUUCCUCCUUCCCAGAGAGUUCAGCGCAGGCUCUGGAACCAUCCCUGGCCUUCUCCUGGACAUACCCUUUUGGGAUGGACCGGCGUUUUACACCAGAAAAAUCAAAACUACCAGAAGGUUUACUGGAACCAUCUGGAGCCACAGGGCAGGACUCUAGCGGACGCGUCCUGGUGGAGUAUCUUGCCUGUGAGGGCCCACGUGGCCUGGGUGUCGGUGGGGCAGCUGGUAUAGAGGAGGAAGAAGAAGAGGAUGUGCGGGUGAAGGUGGAGAGGCUGAGUGAUGAAGAAGUGCAUGAAGGGGCUUCUCAACCCAUCAGUGCUCCCCACAGUUCUCUGAGUGACCAGCAGACUGUCCCUGGCAAUGAACACACCCAAGAAGAUCUACUUAUCAGCCCGCAGUCCUCAUCGAUUGGCUCCAUGGAUGAGGGCGUGACGGAGUGUCUCCAGUCCAUGCAGGGUACUCCGAACGCUACUGGCCACAUGGAGGAGGAUGAAAGGCUGGAAAAUGUCCAAUACCCAUACCACCUGUAUAUCAGCCCCUCCACCCGCCCAGGACUCGAUGGCCCUGAACGGCCCUUCCAGUGCCCUACAUGUGGCGUCCGCUUCACCCGAAUACAGAACCUUAAGCAACACAUGCUCAUCCACUCUGGUAUUAAGCCAUUCCAAUGUGACCGCUGCGGGAAAAAGUUUACGCGGGCAUACUCGCUGAAGAUGCACCGGCUGAAGCACGAAGGUAAACGCUGUUUCCGGUGCCAGAUCUGUAGCGCCACUUUCACUUCCUUCGGUGAAUAUAAGCACCACAUGAGGGUGUCUCGCCACAUCAUCCGCAAGCCUCGGAUUUACGAGUGCAAAACGUGCGGCGCCAUGUUUACCAACUCUGGCAAUUUAAUCGUACACCUGAGGAGUCUCAACCAUGAGGCGUCAGAACUAGCAAACUACUUCCAGACCAGUGAGUUCCUCCUCCCAGACUACCUGAGCCACAUGCAAGAGGAAGAGGGGCUGGGACACUUUGAGAUGAGUGAGCAGACCUUUGAAGCCUCUUCCUCCUCUUCCUCAGUCCAAACACCUGUUAUCUCCCAAGUAUCCUCUACUAUGAACUAUGACAGCCACCCUCCCGCACCUCCACCCCAAACCCCAAACUCCAGGUCAGGGCACGGAGAGGAGCCAGGGGACAACCCUAAGUCCACCACUGCUGUUACCUCUCAGCAAGACCCAGAGGAAGAUGAGGGAGAGAAGGAGAAAGAGGGGAGAAAGCAGAAGAAAGCACUUGUGUCAAUUACAAUUGAGUGAAACAUUUCCACGUGUAAACUUGUAUAAUAACAAUGUUAUGAAAUCCUGUUGCAAACAGUGGUAAUGCAACUCAGUACAUCUGUUGUUGACACCUUGUUCUAAAUAACAUUUUAACAGCUUAAGAUUCUGAUGUUUCAUUAUGAAAGGUGUGAUGCAUUUUGACUUCUGAUUUGCUGGGGUUAUUUUUUUUUUUUUACAUUUUAUCACAUUUGAUAUGAAUUUACAUGUAGAUCUUUCUUCAAGACGAUUAAAGUUAUGAACUUAAAAAAAAUAGAAAUUUGUAAAUGUGACCUGUUUUAAUAGUAACACACAAAUUUCUCUGAUUAUACUGAAUUUGUUCUUCAGAACACAUUUACCUUAUUUAAUUAUAUAUUCCUUGAUAAUAUCUUUAUCAUUUUAUAUAUUCUUAUUAUUUUGUUUAAAAUAACCCGCAUUGUGGUCAAUUGUCAAAAGUAUAAAAUAAUCUAAAUUUGAUAGUCAAGCUGAUUUUCUUGAAUGAUGCUGUUUUUUUUUCCCCCUGCUUUACAUUGGACUAUGAUUGAUGUACGAUUUCUUUUUAUUGUACGAUUGCCUUCUCAUUUCUUUACUCCUACUUCAUGCCUGUUUAAUCUCAAUGUUGCGCACCUUAACCGUACUGCCCUACAGAAGCAAAAUGCAGUAACUGUCAACACUAAAACUGAAAAAAUUGCUUCAAUUUUCUGUGUAUUUUGUAGUUACUACAAUCUUCUGUGAAUCUAAGCAUAGUUGAUACAAACAUAUCACAUGGUAGAUUAUUGUCUAAGAGACCCGAUUACGGUCAUAAAUCAAUUUUGAAGAAAUGUGUAGUUUUGCUGCAUUUUGCCAUUUCACUGCAGCAUACUGCCCCUUCCAACUGUCAACCAACCUAUUAUAAAUUACGGAGCUGCAGCCCUCAAAGGACCGUUCCUGAAAAUGUGAAAGACUGUGUUACUACUUCCAUGUGUUCAGAGCGGAAACAAAACAGACUGCUGUCAAGUUUGGUUACCCUUGAAUCUGCCUGGCACAAAACAACAGUGAAAACCUGUUAAUGGAUUGUUGCGCAUUGAAAGUGACUAAUCGAAUGAGUUUAAGGUUGUUUCGAAUAUGUAAAUGUGAGUAGAGCUGUUUUCGUUCCUUUUUCCCCAUACCCCUUUUUCUGCUGUAUGUCUAAUGCUGCUAAAUUUUGUAAACUGUGCCUCUUGCCCAGCUCUCAGAACCACUCUUCAAUUUUAUCUAAAGAGCUGUACAUUAAUUAUUUUGGCUUAACAUUCUCCUUUGAUUGCGUUUUUUGGAAGAAAUGUUUAAUGGGUCACGUUUUAAUAGAGUGGAGAAAAGUUGAUAUUUUCAUAGCCUUUCCCAUUUUAUUACUGUUGGAAUUAUACUAUGGAAUUUUUCUCCAUAACUUCAUGCGAUAGUUGUAUGUGCCUAACAGUCUCCCAACAAAGUUUAUGAAUAACUUUUGACUUUGGCAUGAGCCUUGAUUGAAGAUAAAAGUUGCAACUGGAUUAUGUAGCAUUUGUUUGGGGGUUUUAAUAAUCAGAUAUCUCAUAAGUAUGAUUUGUGUGAAUUGCUUCCUCUAUGUGAUAUUGCACCUGGCAAUCAGUGAAUUUAGAAGCUGCUCCAUUCCAACUCAAAGUGCAAGGAACAAAAAAAAUUACAUGUUUUGUGCAAUAUGGUUUUGGAUGUUUCACUUGUUCAAAAUAAUGUGAAUUGAAACCUUUUAUACUGCAGUGGACAAUGAGCUUAAGGAAAUACAGGAGGGGUGAGAAUAAGCUAAAGAAAAACAAUUAUGUGCCCUUUUAUAAACAGUUAAUCUGAUAUGUUGGCGUGUGUAAAUGGCAAAAAGUUGCCUUGUCUUUAGUGUAACAAAAACUAGGGUGCAAUAUCAUUUUCUGAUGUCAUUUCCCUUGAGAGACACUUCUGCUCAUCUCACUCUCUCCAUCUUUGAGACUGCGACUAUUGCUCAAACUCAGUUACUUCAUAGUCUGAGAGUUUGUAAUGAUGAAUUCUCCAUAAAACAAUAUUGGCCGUCUGUCCUAGAUUGCUCUUUGUGCUGCUUGCAUGUUUUCCCUGUGCUAAAAAAAUAAGGGAAAUCAAAAUAGCAUGGGUUGAUUUGUUUGUUGGAUGUUGUUGCAGAUAUGUGCAACUACCAUUUUGUAUAAAAUAUUCAAUCUUUGGUGUUCAAUUGCUUGAGCAGAGAGAAAAGUGAUUUCAGUAGUCAAAAUGCUUUUUUCAGAUUCUGUAUUGAUAACAGUUACCUUCAAAAGUGUCAAUUUGUACAUUUGUAAUAUCAAUGUGAGUGAGUAGUUAAUUGACUUGAGCCUUGUAGUGUCUGCUUUCGUGACAACGUCUUAUUGGUAUAUACUCUAUAUUUUGUUUCUUUUUUAAAAGCCUAGUUUUGGUCAUAUCUUGUGCCUUUUGAUAUUGGAUCUGUAUUGUUUUGGCAAAAACAUGCAUUGAUAUGAAUUCAUAAUGUUUUGUAGACAGAAUGCUGGUAGACUUCAAAUGUAGCUUGAAACUAAAAAUAUUUUACAAGUGCUAUUCGACAUGGUUUAAACUGUAUGUUUUGUGUUUAUUUUCAUAAAGACAAAUGUAUUAGUCGUUUUGUAUCACUUCAGUGGUUCUUAUCAUCAGUUCCUGUGCCAAUUCAGACUUAUUGAAUGAUGUUUUGUAAAAACAUUACAUAAAAGUAAAUGGGUCAGCUUAAAA